AUGGCGGCGCCCGAGCAGCUUCUGUUAAAGAAGAACAGGCGUCACAGAACAUACAGAGCCCUCCUUAAGAAGGAGAAACGAAAGAAGCGUCGGCAGGCACUCGCUCAAUUGAGAGACUCAGGACCUUCACAGGAGGAGAUAGAAGAUGGUUUUAAUGAAGAAAACCAACUAGAAGAAGAGAAGCUGUUAGAGACUAAGAGGCAAAAGUUACAUGAAGAGUGGUUGCUGAGAGAGCAGAUGGCACAAGAAGAGUUCCGAAUAAAGAAAGAAAAGGAAGAGGCAGCUAGAAAACAGAAGGAAAAACUAGAGAGAAAACUAAAGGCAGAAUGGGACAAACAGCAGAGGAAAGAGAGAGAAGAGGAACAAAAACGACAGGAGAAGCAAGAAAGAGAUUUGGAAAAUGGUCCCACAUUGCAAAACCCAGGACCACCCUUGGAUGUAAGAAUAAGGGAGAAAUAUCGAGUUUAUUGCCCUUUCUACAAUAAAACAGGAGCAUGCAGAUUUGGAGAUAGGUGUUCACGUAAACAUAAUUUGCCAGCAUCGAGUCCAACCCUCCUCAUAAAAAGCAUGUUCACAACGUUUGGAAUGGAGCAGUGCAGAAUGGAUGAUGACGAUGACCCUGACGCAAGCCUGGAGUACAGUGUAGAAGAAACCUACCAGCAGUUCCUGGAGCUCUAUGACGAUGUGCUCCCAGAGUUCAAGAGCGUGGGCAAAGUGGUUCAGUUCAAGGUCAGCUGCAACUCUGAACCGCAUCUUAGGGGCAACGUGUAUGUUCAGUAUCAGUCGGAAGAAGAAUGCCAAGCAGCCCUUUCUCUGUUUAAUGGACGGUGGUAUGCAGGACGACAGCUGCACUGCGAAUUCUGCCCGGUGACUCGGUGGCAAAUGGCAGUUUGUGACUUAUUUGAAACCCAGCAGUGUACAAGAGGAAAACACUGCAACUUUCUUCAUGUGUUCAGAAACCCCAACAAUGAAUUUCGGGAAGCGGACAGAUCCAGGUACCUGCCCUCAGGUAGGACUAGUUCACCCUUUGGAAAGAACUCAGACAGGAAAGACAGGACAGGCCACCAUGAUAACUACUAUAGGAGGCCAAGGAGAAGACGAAGCCCUAGUUCAGAUCAUUUCUACAAACGAGAUGGGCAAUCUGGAAGGAAAAGGAGGAGUCCUCACAGUGAGAAGAAAUCUCACAAGCAAGUGUCAAAAAAUCGGGAAAGGCGCAGUUCCCAAAACAGAGGAAGAAAAAGGGAUCACAGUCCAAGUCCAAGAGGUCGGACCUACAGCCGGAGCCGCCAGACCCGGAGGUCCUCCAGGUACCAGGGCUGUGUGUGUGUGUGUGUGUGUGUGUGUGUCGCGUGUGUGUGUCAGAUAGUACAGGCAGACAUACCCAGAGUCCCAAAGCCAAAUAAAUCUCAUUUGUUUCGGAAUGGAUGA